AUGCCCCAGUGGUGGCACCCCCUGCACGUCCUUGGGGCCCUGGGAGCAUGGGCCAGGGUGGCCUUGGCGGCCUGGGGCGCAACUCUAGUCUCUGCAAUGGCUUUCUGGCAUCCACUCCCCUGUACUCCAUUGAGUCCCGCACUUACAACCGCCACUACUUCCAACUUCGACCACCAACCCUCCCACCUACCUCCCUCGUCUAUAAAGACCUCCUCACCUCCCACCCUUGGCCAGACUUCCAAGACAAUCGAACUUCAUCUACAACAACAAAGAACAAACAAGCAUACACAUACAAGCUUGCUACCACACCUUGCAUUGACAGCUAGCUAUUCUCUCAAGUUGUCUUCUCCCAUCAUCGUCGACAACACCGUCUACAACCACCACCGCAAGAACCCCUCCACACCUCGCCAACCCGAGCUUGAGCAUCGGAUUCGCCAAUCCCAACCGACGAGGCCUUCUCGUGCCCUCGCGCCGGUAGUCAUCCAGGAGAAUCCUCCUACUACCAACCUACACCCAUAUACGUUACACAACACCGACACGAUGUGCACCAGCAACAUCUACACCUGGGUUCACCCAGACGGCCGAACCGAGCAGACCUACCAGCCUACACUCUGCGGACACUCACUAAACGGCCAACCAUGCGCCAACAACGUCGUCUUCCAGCACCCCAGCCAGUUUAUCUCCUACAAUGAGUCGACCGCGCCCUACAUGACCCAGCUUCCUCCCACUCCUCAGUACAGCCCUGCGCCUUCAACUCCUCACUACCGCUCCGGCGACGACUCAGACCACUCCUUUGGCAGCUCGAACAGCAAGAAGAAGCGAUCAUCCGGUGUUUAUGUCAACGGCCAGAAGGUCCUCGACCUGAACCGCCGUGACCGCCGCGAGCGCAUCGUGCUGGUUGAGAACCCGCCUACGCCUCGCACGCCGCCGCAGACCUGGACUUCACCGCACACUGCUCCCCCAUCUCCCAACGCCAACGUCUACCUCGAUUCUUCUCCUAGCCGCCACCGCCCCGUCAUUGUAGAUGAGCGCAGCCGCGUCCAGAUUGAGGUUGUCGAUAACAACCGCCGAUCAUCACACUCACACUCUCGACACGCCUCUACAAGCUCGCGCGACAGCCGCCAGAGCGCCGAAGACGACGAGAAACGCCGUCGUCGUCGCCAGCGCGAGAAGGAGCGCGAGGAGCAGGAGAUUCGCCAGCAGCGCAUGCGUGCCCGCAUCGCCGAAGCCAACGCCGAGAUUAACAGCCGCCCUUCAGUCCCCAUGGCGCCCGCCCCUCGGCGCGCCUCCACUUACAAGCGACCAGAGGUUGAGAUCCCCAUUGACGCGGAGACCGCCUUGGUCGAGGCUGUGCGCCGUCUCAACUUCGAGGAGGCCCAGCGUGACAAGAAGGCGCGCCGCCUUGCCGAGAAGGAGGAGCGCAAGGAGGACGAGGCCCAGCGCCAGCGACUGCGGGAGCGCAUCAUGCCCGGCCGACGAGCCACUGUUGGCCCCGGAAGCCGACGGCACCGUGUGCUCUACGAUGACGGUGUUUACCGCUGGGAGUAA